CCCCGCUCUGCUUAUCCGCGAGCGCAAACGAUUUCCCCGUGAACCCGUUUCAGCACCGGGACAACACUGCACGCUCGCAUGGCAACGGAGUUUCAUAACCUUCAGGAGUUGAGACACUCUGCGUCUCUAGCCAGUAAGGUCUUCAUUCAGAGAGACUACAUGGAUGGCACCACUUGCAAGUUCCAGACCAAGUUCCCCUCUGAGUUAGACAACAGGAUCGAGAGGACACUGUUCGAGGACACGGUGAAGACGCUGAAUAAUUACUAUGCGGAGGCAGAGAAGAUCGGAGGCCAGGCCUGCCUCGAGGGCUGCCUCGCAUGCAUCACUGUUUACCUCAUCUUCCUGUGCGUCGAGACACGCUAUGAGAAGGUGCUGAAGAAGAUCUCGCAGUACAUUCAGGAGCAGAAUGAGAAGAUCUAUGCUCCUCGAGGCCUGCUCAUCACAGACCCUAUAGAGAAGGGCAUGAGGGUUAUUGAGAUCAGUGUGUUUGAGGAUCGCAGCUCCAGUGGUUCAAGCUCAGGAAGCAGCACAACAAGCAGCAGACGAUGAUUCUGACACACUGUAACGUUCACUUGAACACCACUCAGUCGCUCAUGACUGAUGCUCACUGAAGAGAGACAUCAUCCGUUCAGCAUCGGCAAACAGAACCAGAUCUGACAUCACCCACCGCGCAAGAACUGCCUCCUCAAUGCACGCCAUUACCUCACGUCUGCACAUCAUUUGGUAACAGAAUCUGCACACGUCCUUCGUGAUAGCGGCAGUUGUUGCACAUCUCAGAGUCACUGGCUGUAGCAGUUCACAUCAGCUACCAUCGCUGUAAUAUGCAAAUUCACUCCCGCCGUGUGAUGUAGCGGCCGAUCGGCACGUGACAGUCUUCCAUUGCAGUUUGACAUUUGCAUGAUUUUUGACCCUUUUGACCCGUGUUUGGAGAUGAGAUGAUUAGCGUUAAAAUAAAAAUACCAUGUCAUUCCAAACCGGUUUCUUUAAAAUUGUCCUUUUGUGUUCCAGAAAAAUAGAGACAUGAGUCACGAGUAAAUAAUGACAUCAUUUUUGGGUAAACUAUUCCUUUAAUGUACCUCAGAUAAGAGUACGGGACAGAAAUCUGACUCUAGAUCAGUGUGACCACACUAUACAGAUGCCAGGCACUGCCAUUCCCCCCCUCGGGGACUAUAUAUGACUCUAUACAUCUGUUGUAUUGGAUCGUGUGGACGUCACUCAAGCUUUUUUAUCAUCAGAGGAAAAUAAAUAACUACUGCCAGAACUUCCUGAAACACAUGGUCCCGCAUUAAGAGCUUCCAUUUCUUAUUAAGAACGUUUGUAAAGUCGGAGUGAUUUCUCUGUUG